AUGCUCAUCCGGUCUUGGGGAAACCCCAUAAGAAUAGCUGGCAGCCCCGAGGGGCACACGGAACCAACAUGGUCUCUGGACCACAAGGAGUGCCCAAGCUCACUGACAAACCAACAAGAGAUAUUGCUGUAAAGAAGGGCUCGACAUGUCGCAUUCCAGUUCCUUUCAGACGGGGAAUGGAUCCAAGGAUUUCUCCUUUGGUCUCCGGGUGCAAUGAUGGACAGCCUCACUAUCACUCAGGUAAUUGGAUAUGCAUUGAGGCAGGCUGCAAAAACAGAGCCGUUGAGGUCGAGUAACCCCGUUCUCCUUUCCAUUGCAAAAACCUGUCCAAAGAGAACUCAAAGCGAUGGAAAAGGAUAG